GCUUCAUGGGAAGGGCAAAAUCAUUCAAGAAUUGUGUUCAAUUUGUGUCCUUUACAAACUGACGACAACAAAAAGCUCCUCCUUUCCACGUCGAUGGAUAGAGACAUCAAAUGUUGGGACAUGUCGACCCUAGAGUGCUGCUGGACGCUGCCUUCCCUUGGUGGGUUUGCCUAUAGUCUGGCUUUCUCUCCUGUGGACACCGGCUGUUUAGCCAUCGGCGUUGGGGACGGCAUGAUCCGAGUAUGGAAUACACUCUCCUUAAAGAACAACUAUGAUGUGAAAAGUUUCUGGCAAGGUGUCAAGUCCAAGGUUACAGCGCUGUGCUGGCACCCAACCAAGGAAGGUUGCCUCGCCUUUGGAACUGACGAUGGCAAAGUGGGCUUGUAUGACACCUAUUCCAGCAAACCACCACAGAUUUCUAGCACGUAUCAUAAGAAGACUGUGUACACUCUGGCCUGGGGACCCCCACUACCGCCUGUGUCCCUCGGAGAAGGAGACAGACCUUCCCUCACGCUAUACAGCUGCGGAGGAGAGGGGAUUGUUUUACAGCAUAACCCCUGGAAGCUUAGUGGAGAGGCCUUUGACAUCAACAAACUCAUCAAGGACACCAAUUCAACCAAAUACAAGUUGCCAGUACACACAGAGAUCAGCUGGAAAGCAGAUGGCAAAAUCAUGGCUCUUGGCAACGAAGAUGGAUCAAUAGAAAUAUUUCAGGUCCCCAACUUGAAACUGAUCUGUACCAUCCAGCAGCAUCACAAGCUUGUGAACACCAUCAGCUGGCACCACGAGCACGGCAGCCAGCCAGACCUGAGCUACCUGGUGGCCUCGGGGUCCAACAGCGCUGUCAUUUAUGUGCACCACCUGAAGACUGCCGUAGAGGGCAAUCUGGAGUCACCAAUAACCAUCACAGAGCCAUACCGGACUCUCUCAGGGCACACGGGCAAGAUUACCAGCCUGGCUUGGAGCCCACACCAUGACGGAAGGCUGGUGUCUGCUUCCUACGAUGGAACGGCCCAGGUGUGGGACACUCUUCAAGAAGAGCCUCUGUGCAAUUUCCGAGGACAUCGCGGGCGCCUGCUCUGUGUGGCCUGGUCCCCCUUGGAUCCAGACUGUAUCUACUCCGGGGCAGAUGAUUUCUGCGUUUAUAAAUGGCUCGUCUCCAUGCAGGUCCACUCCCGGCCGCCUCAAGGCAAAAAAAGCAUUGAACUAGACAAAAAAAGACUCACUCAACUUAAAGCAAAACCCAAAAAGAAGAAGCAGCCCCCCACACGAGUGCUGGUGAAACAGGAGGCUCCGAGCGGAAAUGAAGAGAUGAGGAAGGAGAGUCCGGGACCUGUGGAGAACGGAUUUUCGGACGCCGAUGGGGAGGCCGACGCCGGGGAGCCCAAGGUGCCCUGCAGCCUUGAGUCGGCAGCGUCUACAGAACCAGUUGUCUACUCCCCAGCUUCCUUGGGCUUUGAAAGGUCGAAAGCCAUCAUUAAUAACAAAAUAACAUUGCCAAAAAAGGAAUCGCCUAAAGAGAAACCAGCUUUGCUCAAGAAGAGAAAAGCACGCUCCAUGCUGCCACUGAGUACCAGCUUGGACCACAAGUCCAAAGAGGAGCUUCAUCAGGACUGUUUGGUAUUAGCAACUGCAAAACACUCCAAAGAGCUGCAUGAGGACGUGGCUGCUGCCCUUGAGGGUCGCUAUCACCUGGGGCUUUUCACCAACAGGGCCACCCUGUACAAGAUGAUGGAGCUCGAAGGGAAAGGUCACUUGGAAAAUGGCCACCCUGAGUUAUUUCACCAGCUCAUGCUUUGGAAAGGAGACCUGAAGGGCGUUCUCCAGACGGCGGCAGAGAGAGGGGAGCUGACAGACAGUCUUGUGGCCAUGGCACCAGUCGCUGGCUACCACGUGUGGCUGUGGGCCGUGGAAGCUUUUGCCAAACAGCUGUGUUUUCAGGAUCAGUAUGUCAAGGCUGCCUCCCACCUGCUUUCCAUCCACAAAGUGUAUGAAGCUGUGGAGCUUCUCAAGGCCAACCAUUUCUACAGGGAAGCUAUUGCCAUUGCCAAAGCCCGGCUGCGCCCAGAAGACCCAAUCCUGAAGGACCUGUACCUGAGCUGGGGGGCCGUCCUGGAAAAAGAUGGCCAUUAUGCCAUGGCUGCCAAGUGCUAUUUAGGGGCCGCUUGUACUUAUGAUGCAGCCAAAGUUUUGGCCAAAAAGGGAGAUGCAGCCUCCCUUAGAACAGCUGCUGAGCUGGCUGCCAUCGUCGGAGAAGAGGAGUUGUCGGCCUCACUGGCCCUCAGAUGUGCCCAAGAGCUGCUUCUGGCCAGGAACUGGGUGGGAGCCCAAGAAGCCCUGCAGCUCCACGAAAGUCUAAAGGGUCAGAGACUAGUGUUUUGCCUUCUUGAGCUACUGUCCAAACACCUGGAGGAAAGGCAGCUUUUCGAGUCUACAAGCUCCUCUCUCUACCAUGCUUGGACCACUGAGCCCAAAGGGCCCUUCUCAGAGAGAGUAGCUGCCGUGUGGAGGAGCGCCUUUGGCCUGGACACUCCCGAGCAGUAUCAGGCGGUAUUUCAGAAGCUGCAGAGUAUCAAGUACCCAUCUGCUACGAACAACACACCCUCCAAACAGCUCCUGCUCCAAGUUAGCCACGACUUGACCUUGGCGGUGCUGAGCCAGCAGGUGGCUUCCUGGGAGGAGGCAGUGAAGGCACUGCUGCGGGCAGUACUCCGGAGCUACGAGUCGGGAAACUUCGCCAUCAUGCAGGAACUGUACUCGGCCUUUCUUCCUGAGGGCUGUGACCCUCUGAGAGCGAAACUGGGUGACCCUCAUUCCCCAGGCAUGGCAGCUUUCGCAAGCUUGGAGGCCUUUUUGGCUUAUGGACGGCUGUAUGAGUUCUGGUGGUCUCUCUCCAGGCCUUACUCCGAGCCCAGUGUCUGGGUCAGUGUGGAUCACAGUAGGAAAGUGGUUGAGUGCAGCCUGCAGGUGGAUGAUGCCAGCCCUGAGGAGGCCGAACCCAGGGCUUCCGGUCAGCCAGAGCUAAGUCGGCCCCCCGCGCUGGGCUUGAAACUCACAGAAGAGAGUGAGCGGGUGCUGGGCACUUGUCGGGAGCUCGUAUCAGAACAACGUGCCAGUCUCCAGAGCUCGCAGAGAACCGUCGCUGAAGUCCAGGAGACCUUGGCGGAAAUGAUCCGCCAGCACCAGAAGAGUCAGCUCUGUAAGCCCACCGUGAACGGUCCUGACUCCAGUGAGUCUGCGCAGAAGGCAGAAAACCCCCUCUCUGGUCCUCAGGGCCAGAGUAGUAAAGAAGACGAAACCAAACCCGUUUCUCUGCCUGAACUAACUAAAAGACUGACAGAGGCAAAUGAGAGGAUGGCUCAGUUUCCUGAGAGCAUUAAGGCCUGGCCCUUCCCAGAUGUGCUGGAGUGCUGCGUCGUCCUGCAUCACAUUGACACCCAGCAUCCUGGCUGUGUGGCCCCAGAGAUGAAGCAACAGGCCCAAGAACUUCUUCAGAAAUACGGCAAGGCUGAGGUUUACAAAAGAUACUGCCGGGCCUGCACGUGAACAUUCAAGGACCUCUGAGAAAUGGCCACAUUCGCAACAUGUAAUGCCUUGCAGCUCUGCGUCCAUACCUCGCCCAGCAUUUGUAACUCUGGCCCUGGGUCCUGUUCCAGUGACUCCAAACCACGAGGCUCCGGUUGGGAUCAAUGCUAGCCUCAGAUGCCAGGGCGUCUGACUUUGGUUAUCACGCUGGGUCCUUGGGACCCAAUUCGGUUUCCCACUGGAGGAAGGAGCCUGGGAAGCCGGCAUUCCUUUUACUCCGAAAAGCACCUGGCCAGGGGGGUGUUGGUCAUUUGUAAGGCCUUAAGCAGGUUUCUCCUAAAAAGGAGAAAUGUUUUUAAUCACCCAAAGUGUUAUCUUCUUAGACACAGCUAGCUACCUUUAUAAAUACUCUCCCCAACCGUAAACAAGUCUUUGUUGGUAGAGAAUAGUCAAGUUGUGUGUGUUUUGUUAACCUGGGUCUUCCCCGUCUGCCCUUUCAGUGAUAGGAGAUUGACCUUACCCAUCAUUUUGACUACUUACCAACCCCUCUUUUUGAACUUUAGGUCUAAAAUGUGUGUGUUUUUUGUUUUGUUUUGUUUUGUUUUUUCAUUUUAUGUAAUUGUUUCUUUGGACAAAUCACUCACUAAAGCUUUAGAAGAACAGGUGAUGUACUUGACUGUGAUCUUGCUGUUUUAUAGGGAGUGAUUGGUGGUGAUCCAAGAGCUCAGGAAGAAAGUCCUUGUCAUUGGCUCUCUUCCUUUUUCUAGGUUCACAGGGCUGUUGGAGAAUGAGAGUAAAGUCACAGGACCGCUUUGAAGAAAAAUGUUAUGUUCCUAAUUUUGCAUAUUGUUGGAACACUGGACUUCAACUUUAGUUUAAUGAACCUGUAAAAUCAUUUAAUCAUAAAUACCUGCUCUUCCCCCUCCCCCCCCCUUUGGUUAUUGAAGCCAUUCAACAAUGUCAGGAACAGAUGUUUCCAUAUUGUUACAGUUGCUAGAAUGUAAAAUCAGAUGAGUAGGAGAGGGCUGUUCCUUCUCAAUAACUGAACUAUGUUUUGUGUGUGUGACAGCUUUUCUGCUUGGGUGCUUAGUUGAUUUUUUUGAUUUUUUUAUUUUUUAUGAGGAUUGGUGUGGCUUAGGACAACAAGAAUAAAUUUUAUUAUCAAGCGCUCUCUCUAGGAAAUAAAAGGUUUAAAAGGCAGGAUUCAAAAUUCUAA